AAUCUUUGUGAUUUAAAACGAAAAAGAACUGUGUUUUGUGUUUUGACAGUCGGUCAACUUCACCGCUCUGUCAAUUUACCAGAGAACGUGCAGCAAAGCUCGUACUGUUUGUCUAAGAGCUAUUUUUAAACACAUCACCUUUACCUUGUCUGUUCUGACACAUUGGGUACCUACGCAGAAUUUGCAUACUGACUGGUUUGAAAAGAGCUGCGCAAAACCAGGAAGCAGUGACGACAAGUACAAAGGGGGAUUUCCAGAUUCACAAGGACAGGAGACGCGUGCGAAGAUUAAUUUAGGUGCGCAGUAAACAAAUACAGCAGCGUAUUAUUCAUUUAUUAAGAGUCUUUUGUGGAUUCUAACGAGUUAUUAAUGGUUACGCUAGGUGACUUUUUAUAUGGGAGUGUAUUGUGAAGUGGGGUAAGGAUAACAUAUGUCGGUUUUAGUAACAGGACGUCAAUAUGUUCGCUUUUUCCCGAUUUGGAUAUACAGAGUUUUGACUGAACCGACUGGACGUGAGAUACUAAGAACGCCAGUCAGGAAAUAGUACCGAGAAAUGAAAUGAAAGCAAAAAUCAAUCAGGAUGUAAUUUCUUAAAUACUUUCUUAAGUUCAGACGCUGCCAUCUUUGGGAAUCGGGUCUGUUUCUUUGAUUACCGUGGCGUUCUCUUUAACAAAAAAUAAAAACAUGUCUACAUUAUUCCGUGAUCAUUUUGUGUGGGUUGUAAUCUUCGGAUGUGUUGCCCUGUCCUCAUGCAUUCGGAUAAUUGAAUCGCCACCAAUGAACUGCACUCAGAAGGAACUGAACUGUACUGCCAAGAUAAGUGACUGUCUGGAUGAGAGCUGGAUCAGGGAGCAGAGGUGGACCCCGUCGGCUCCCUUUGGGGGGGUCGAGGUGACGGGGGAGGUGAGGGAGGAUGAGCACGGAGACCAGGUGCCCGUCAUGCUAAUCAAGUGGAGAGCAGCUCAAGAUGCGAGCAUCCAGUACCUGAAAGGAACAGUCGUCCAUGUGUUGAAACUGUCCAACAACGAAAAACUCUGCGUCCAGUAUGAGUUCCAAAACAAAAUUAAGACACAGAGCAACACGUACGGGGCACCGUGGUCAUUCUCUUUGGAUAGAUUCGUGGCAGAGCCGGGAGUGAAGUAUGAGGUUUCCGUGCACAACCUGCCCAGACCUAACAUACAGGGAGACCAGGACUACAAAUCCAGGAAUUUUUCUAUGCCAGACUGCAGAGACGUCAGCAUCAAAAGGACCAAACUGUGCCAGCUGAGAGGAAGCCUGUGGGAGCCCAACAUUGCGUUCUUCAGUGACGGGUUGGAAGCCACAGUGCAGUUGGACACUGGCAAUCACUCCGAGCAGUACAAGGUGUUCCUGGAGAGCUACUAUGAGUCAACCGUCUGCAACACGCACAAGCAGGAGAUUACCAAGGAGGGUCAGCAAACCGUAAACGUAACAUUCUCACUUAAGGAGUGGAGAGCGACGUGUUGUCAGUUUACUGUGACGAUUCAGCCCUAUUUCGUGGGAUGCAGCAACGACUGCGUUCGACAGAAGAAAGUGUUCAAUACCUGUAAAGAACUCGAUUCCUCAGGUCCCCCAGACCCUCCACAGAAGCUGUACUACCUCAUUCCUAUACUGGGAUUACUGGGAGUUGGCAUUGUGGGCUGCUGUGUCAUUACCUGGAAGAGCAAUAAGACUGCAGAACCAAGAACAGGGGAGUCUGAAAUUGAAAGCGACCCCUCAGCAACCCCCCUCCUGCUCAGCCCCCAGAAGAGGAAGGUGCUGAUUCUCUACUCCCAGGACCACCCGCUCUACAGGGAUGUGGUGCUGAAGUUCAGUGCCUUCCUGCAAGCCGAGUGCGGCACCGACGUGCUGCUCGACCUGCUGGACACGCAGCGCAUGGGGGAGCUGGGGCACUUGGCCUGGCUGGCAGGAAGGAAGCAGGAGAUCGAGGGGGACUCCUGCAACAAGAUCCUGCUCCUCUGCUCGCGGGGCGUCCGUGCCAAGUGGCAGGCCAUGCUGGGGGGGGAGAGGGUGCUGCUCAAGCAGGAUGUGCUGUCGCCCAUGGGGGACAUGCUCACCCCUGCCCUGAACCUCCUCCUCCCUGACUUCAAGCUGCCUGCCUCCUUUGGGAAGUACGUGGUGGCGUAUUUUGAGGGGGUGAGCGGCGAACAGGACGUGCCCGAGCCCUUCCACAUCGCCGUCAAGUACAAGCUGAUGAAGCACUUCGAGGAGAUUUACUUCCGGCUCUGUGGCGAGGAGAAGCACGAGCCGGGCCGGGUCAAGCGGGUCCCAGGGAUCUCGGAGGACGAGUACUUCCUCAAGCCCAGCGGCCACGAGCUGCGCCAUGCCAUCGAGGCCUUCCAGGUGCACCAGGCUGCACACCCAGACUGGUUCCAGCGAGAGUGCCUGCAGAGUGAGGAGGAGGCCUUUGGGGGUGCUGAGGAGGAGGAGGAGCACAUCCAGGGGCAGCUCCACAAGACCUGCAUGCACCAGGUCGUGCUGCAAUAUGAGAAAACGGCUCCACCCUGCGUCCUCAAUGAGGUCCUCUCCUCCCAGCCUACAGCGGGGGUCCUGGCUCUGAGCCCCAUGCUCAGGGAGGUUGAGCAUGGAGUCGUGUCCCAGGCGGUUCUGUGCAAUGCCGGCCCGGAGCUCUGCCAGGUCUUCAUGUCGCAGCCAGUCCUCCCGGACGCCAGAGGGAGCUCAUGCGCCCAGGUGCUGGUUUGUCCUUCUGCUGUGGAGGAGGGCAGCUGUCUGAGAGCCGAGCUGUCACUGCAGACUCCAGCACUGCUGGAGAAAAACGAGUCGAGUGUGUUUAGGGAAGAGCUUGGGGAGGAGGGGGAGGGUCUUGGGGAGGAGGGGGAGGGUCUUGGGGAGGAGGUCAGUGAGCAAGGGGAAGCCCAGCUCCAGCCCCCCAGCCACCUCUCCCCAGAGGUGUGGCACAGCCUCCUGGCUCUCCAGCAGUCCCAAAGUGCCCUCCUGGACCCUUCUCUGCUCUCUGCGCCGGACCAGCCUGGGCACAGCAACAAGAGGCUGUCGGACCAGGGCUACAUCUCGAGGAACUCCCUGGAGCCGGACCCCCAGAGUGACCCCAUGGCUGAAGUGAGGAGGCUGCAGCAGGAGUGUUUCAUGGACAGUCUGCGGUCACCAGGGCUGCCAGCCUUGGCACGGCCACCAAGCUGAACGCAGUGAACCUGGCCUUCUACCAAGCACUUCAGCGAUAGGUAUAAACCUACGGCUGCGUCGCCUCUAGGAUUACCAGAUCGUUUUCAUGGAGGACCACUGUCAGUGUAAACUGUGUCAAUACAGUAAAGGGAUCUUGUGUUGAAAUGUUUGCUUUUGAAGCACAGGUUUCUGUAACUCAUUACAGCUGUGGCCAAAAGUUUAGCAUCACCCUCUGUAUAGAAUGAACUAAUUCUGCUUCAUAAAGUCGAAUGAAACCUGUUGAAUAAUGUUACGUUGGCAUAUUUAAUUACAUACUGCUUUUCUCAUAUACUUAACGAAAAACUGAGAAAUGACAUUUUGAAAUCUAACAUGAAAUACUGUACUAUUAUUAUGGCUUCCGGUAGAGUUUUGCAGUAUAAUUUUGUAUUUUCUUUGAUAUAAUGUUGAAUAAAAGAUCUAAGCUUAUGUUCAUAUAGUUUAGUCCUGAAAUUGUAGGUGAUGCAGCACUUUUGCCUACAGCUGUAUGUGUUGACUGUCUUACCUUUGGAAAGUCAGCUGGUAAAGUGCUAAGUUUCAACGUGUUCUUUCCAUUUGCUUUGGAUUUACUUUCUUGGUUCCAACUCAGUGUAAAUGUCAGUUCUACAGGAAUGAUGCAUUGAAGCAUUAACACUCAUGUUUGUCCUUGUGUGUGUGUGUCUGUGAAUGUGUUAAAGGUAUGCAGUGGUUUGGACAGCGGCCCUGUAAUUCUGCACUUAGUCAUUAACGAUUCGUCUUUUAUUGGGAUUGUUUGUUUGUUAAAAUGCUCUAGUUUAUGUGGAACGUUUCAGAUUUCUUGCUAAUAAAGCAGCUGCAGUCUUGGGAUAA